UACAAGCUGAUCGCGCACGCGGAACGUGGGCCCGGUCGCAUCUCUACCGUUCUCUUCUCCACGGUCGAAACACCGCGGUACAAAAAGCUCGUUGGAGCAUUUCCUGAUCGAGCCUAUAGGAGCCGCACUUCCAGUCCGAUUCGUUGCUUUCAGUGCGGACAAAUAUCUCGAUUACAUCUCCGGAAGCAGUUGGUCAGCAGAACCUCCACUUCCAGGGCUGAUAUCACUUUCUCGUCUCCGCUCGAGGUCCUUCUGAAUUGGCCGCUGACUGUGGUUGACCCCGGAUCCUUGCGGAAUCAAGCUAAAGCUCAGCCAACAUCCUGCCUGUUUGCUUCAUUCACCAUGGGGUCGGCCAAGCUAACGACAAUGGCGUUCCUGGUGUGCGUCACCUUGACAUGGUCGCUCUCCCACGCGGCGCCGGUUAUGACACUGGUCGGCUCCUCCACUCAAGUGAGCAUCCACGCCGUCACCGAUCCUAGCCCCACGACCGCCCCCUCCGACAGCAGCAGCGCCGUCUUCAAGGCGGAAGUCCAGAGCGGUACCGAGGCCGCAGCGUCCACGGUCGGAGCCGCCUCGGCAUCCGUGACUACAGCCCCCACUUCCGCCGAGUCCACGGUGGCGGUUUCCUCCUCAACCGAGAACCCUUCUUCUCCCCCGGAGUCUGCUUCGACAGCUGGCACGGUAACCAUGGCGGCAAUGGAAGCCGGCCACGAAGACAUGUCCGUGAGAGUGACCGCCACCUCUGGCCCCGAGACCUCGCCGGUGGUGUUGGCGGCCAGCGAAGAGCGGUCUGACGAGUCCAAGUCCGCGACGGCCACGGCGGAACAGCCGGGCAAGAGCGACGCGACAACCGGCACGGACGGGCCGACGCCGGUUACAACGGCCGCUCGCCAGGAGGAAGCGGAAGGCCGAUCGGGAGAUCAGAGCACAAACUCAUCGCCAGUGACAACCCCCGCGGUCGUUGCCGAGGCAAUGGAGAAGGCAUCGGAGACGUCACCAGUUCCGGUCGCGGAAUUCAGGGAAGACGCUCCAACCACGGAAGUUCAGAGCAAGGAUACGUCGGCAUCAUCACCCACUGAGUCAACAGCCACCGCCACCAGCACAAGCAACGCUCAGGAGGCAACCGCGAGUCCGAGCUCGCAGGCUUCGACCGAGGCAUCGUCCGUGAGUACCGAAGCUGCGGCUGCCGCUGCCACUGCGCACGCUGCCGUCGAAGCCCACAGCGAGACACCAGUCGCCGUCACAGCAACAACAGAAAACGCGUCGCCAUCCAGCCCUGCCAGCACCACGGGAUCACCGGCGAGUGCCGAAGCCAAGGCGGAGCCCUCGGAACCCGUCCAGGCUGCGUCGUCUGUGAACGAAACCAAAGUGGAAGCACCCAAAUCUGUCGUCGACGCAGCGGCACCGGCCGUCCAGAAGGCAGCCGACACCGAAGGCCGCUCUGAAACCGGAGUCCCGGUGACCACCCCUGUCCUGGAGACCAAGCAGGAGAACACCGAAGAGAAAGCGUCGGUGACGACCACCGUCGCUGGCACCACAGCUCCGGCUUCGACCGAGAGUUCCACAACCGCAGCGACGGAAGUGGCCGCGCGAGCAGCCGCACAAGAAGAGCAGACAAAAGGCAGCACGCAGGUGGCUCCUCAUAGCGAAAGCACCACCGAACCUCAAAAGACGAACGACGCCGCCCCUUCCACAGUGAAACCAGCCGUCUCGGAGGCUCAGCCGACGACUGCGGCCGCGGUCGCCGAGGCGAUGGAGUCCGCGGACAAGGCUAGCGUUGAAGUUUCCAAGCCCACAGAGAUGGCUUCGUCCCAAACCGCUGAAACCCUGGCAAUGACCACGGCAGGUGCUCCGGCAGCAGCAGCUAUGAGCGAGGUGGCAAUGCCGUCUUCGACGAAUGGAUCGACAGAGUCCAGCUCAGCCCCGGCAGCUACUACCGCAGCUGCUGUGAAUGAAGAGUCCUCCACUGCUUCAAAGGUAGUGACGACGCAAGCAGCGACGACUACCGCUGCGUCAUCGACCACGACUGCGUGAUUGUCAAACUGACUUUUCGUGCUUGCUUCAACAAUUCAGUACACGGAGUUCGGCCACCAAAUUAAUUCGUGAAGGUGUGUUCUCCUCAGCUAAGGAAUUUGGUCUUGAAAAGAAGAAUGAAAAUGUUCUAAAAAAAUAUGCGCUGAAUAUUUUGCUGCUUCAACACUCCUCGAAAUGUACAGUCUUUUUUCUUCUCUGCCAGCUUAAAGAAACUGUCCUUGACAAUCACGAUGAUUUUUUAAAUCUACUUAAGCUGAAAAAAAUAAACUCGUGUUAGGGGGUGUUUUGUUCCUAUUUACGGAACGCAGUGUGAUUGUUAAAUAAAGAUGUGAGAACCAAACUA